AUGAGUUUAUCUACUGACAAUGUGUUGUUUAAUAAGUCUUCUGAGAUUUCCCCUCCCGGGAUUCAUCCUUAUAAGAAGCAUUUAAUGGAUAGUCAACCUCAAUUGACCCCAGCCUCAUCGGAACCUACUAAUAGUUCUUCAAAUUUGGAUUUGGAUCCAAAAUUGAUUAAAUCUGAUUCAAGGGAACAGCUAAAGAUAUAUGGGGAUAUGGGUCCACCAUCUGUGAGCGGAAGACCAUCUUUGAUGACUUCGCCAGAAGGUUCGAGUUCAAGUUUAAGGUCUUCAAACAAUUCUGGUUCAACUCUUAACUUUCAUAAGAAGAGAACAAAGUCUGUAGAUUUAUCCCAUCUUUAUUUGCUUGCAAAUACUGAUAAUGCUGAAUUCACUGCUACUAAUGAAUCAGUUGCUGAUAUGUCUCAUCAAAUGAUUAGUCAAUAUUUAGGUGAAGAAAAUAAUUCAAGUUUACUACCGAGAUUGAAGACAAUUGAUAUGUAUAGACAGAACGUUAAAAAAUCAAAGGAUCCAAGUAUUUUAUUUGAAUAUGCUCAAUAUAUUUUACAAACUGCAUUGACCAUGGAGGCUUCUAAUGAACUUGUAGUUCAAGAAGAACAAUCAAAUGAGAAAACUAUAACUCAAAAGGAACUAAGGAAACAAUUUCUAAAAGAAGCACAUCAUUAUUUGAAAAAAUUAAGUGUUAAAGGUUAUGCUAAUGCCCAAUAUCUAUUAGGUGAUAGCUAUGCCUCUGGUGCAUUUGAUAAAAUUGAGAAUAAAGAGGCAUUCACUUUAUUUCAAGCUGCUGCCAAACAUGGUCACAUCGAAAGUGCCUAUAGAACAGCUUACUGUUUUGAAAAUGGUUUAGGUACAACGAGAGAUUCACGUAGGGCAUUGGAUUUCUUGAAAUUUGCUGCUAGCAGAAAUCAUCCUUCUUCAAUGUUUAAAUUGGGUUUAUACUCAUUUUAUGGACGUAUGGGUUUACCUAGUGAUGUAAAUACAAAGCAAAAUGGGAUCAAAUGGUUAUCUCGUGCUUCUGCAAUUGCCACAGAAUUAACUUGUGCUGCUCCUUAUGAAUUAGCUAAAAUUUAUGAAAAUGGGUUUUUAGAUAUUAUAAUUCGUGAUGAAAAGUAUGCCACUGAAUUAUACAUUCAAGCAGCAUCCUUGGGUCAUGUUCCCUCUGCAACAAUUCUGGGCCAGAUUUAUGAAAGGGGAAACGAAACAGUAACACAAGAUACAAGCCUAUCUGUACAUUAUUAUACACAGGCAGCCAUGAAAGGAGAUCCAAUUGCAAUGUUGGGAUUAUGUGCUUGGUACCUUUUAGGUGCUGAACCUGCCUUUGAAAAAGAUGAAAAUGAAGCCUUCCAAUGGGCCUCAAAGGCUGCUGACAUUGGAUUACCAAAGGCUCAGUUUAUCAUGGGUUUCUUCUAUGAAAAAGGUAAGGGUUGUGUUGCUGACCUCGAGACUGCAUGGGGUUGGUAUGAGCUAGCGGCAAAAAAUAAUGAGCCUCGUGCUAUCAAGAAAUUAGAGAGUAGACAAGGUAGAACUACAAAUGCUAAUGGAAAAAUUUUUACACAUAAGAAGAAUAAAAGUACUGCAACAGUAAAUUUAUUUACUAAACUAGAGGAAGAAGAGGAUUUCCGAGAGCCAGAGACUGUUGAACCGGAAGAGUAUUUUAGUCCAACUAAUGACUCCAAUAAAAAUACAUUGUUGAGUCCUACCUUGAUGAUGAAGGGUAGUUUUGAGAAGACACCCACUCUUUUGCAUGAUAACGCAAAUACCCAGGCAUAUUUCAAUCUAAAUACAGAAAACUUUAACCAUUCACCACCUGUAUUUGCUGCUCAAUUCGAGAAGAAGAUAAAAGCGCAAAUGAAGAACAAUAAUGACAUAUCCAACUCUGAUAAAAAGACUAAAAAAAAAUCAAAGAAGUCCAAACAAUGUAUUAUAAUGUAA